UGCCCGGAUCUCUUCCGCCGCCAUUUUAUUGCCCCGCUUUCUGGUCGCAGCUUUCUAUCGAGUCUCCAGCUCUCGCAGCCUGCUCCCGCUAUGGAGGACAUGACCGAGUACAGCGGCGGCCUGGAGGAGUUCGCCGAGGGCUCUAAGAUCAACGCCAGCAAGAACCAGCAGGACGAUGGUAAAAUGUUUAUAGGAGGCCUCAGCUGGGACACAAGCAAGAAAGACUUGACAGAAUAUUUAUCUCGGUUUGGAGAGGUGGUGGACUGCACAAUCAAAACAGAUCCAGUGACUGGGCGGUCCAGGGGAUUUGGCUUUGUGCUCUUCAAAGAUGCUGCCAGUGUUGACAAGGUAUUGGAACUGAAGGAACACAAACUGGAUGGCAAGUUAAUCGAUCCUAAAAGGGCAAAAGCACUGAAGGGAAAAGAGCCACCCAAAAAAGUGUUUGUUGGUGGACUGAGUCCAGAUACGUCUGAAGAACAAAUUAAAGAAUAUUUUGGUGCUUUUGGAGAGAUCGAAAAUAUUGAACUUCCCAUGGACACAAAGACAAAUGAAAGGAGGGGUUUUUGUUUCAUCACGUAUACAGAUGAAGAGCCAGUAAAAAAAUUAUUAGAAAGCAGAUACCAUCAGAUCGGUUCUGGCAAGUGUGAGAUCAAAGUAGCACAGCCCAAAGAAGUGUAUAGGCAGCAGCAACAGCAACAACAGAAAGGUGGAAGAGGUGCUUCUUCUGGUGGUCGAGGUGGUGGCAGGGGGCGUGGCAGGGGUCAGGGACAAAACUGGAACCAAGGAUUUAAUAACUAUUAUGAUCAAGGAUAUGGAAAUUACAACAGCACUUACAGUGAUCCAAGCUACAGUAGUUAUGGUGGAUAUGAUUAUUCUGGUUACAAUUAUCCAAGCUAUGGAUAUGGACAGGGAUAUGCAGACUACAGUGGUCAACAAAGCACAUACGGGAAAGCAUCCCGAGGUGGCGGCAAUCACCAAAACAACUACCAGCCAUAUUAAAGCAGUACAUAGUACUUGGGGGGCAGCAGCGGGAACUUCAUUGCAGGCCGUGUGUCACCCUGACCACGUCUAUCUCUGGGGGUCGCACGUUGCAGGCAGAGCGCAAGGCAUACACCAGAAAACGCUGUCCUGUGGUAUGGUCUCUUCCAACUUCAUGUACCAGCGUAAAGAUUAAAGUGGAAAACUUCAGACUUUGGCUUCUUUUUAAUCUUUUUGAAGAUUAAGUGUCUUAACUUAAAUGGUUUUUUACAGGAGUUAAAGUACAUAAAUGCCUUUACAGCUUAAUCAUUUUGGUCUUCUGUUUAGUGUUGUAUUUCAAUUGUGGAGCCUCAUUUUAAGUGUGCAUUCGUUAAGAUUUAAUGCUUGCUUUUUCUUUUUAUAGCUAAUAGUGAAAUCUGCAAACCAAAACGAACUUUUAAAUCUGGAAAAAAUUAAAGAUCAUAUGCACACAAACUACAUCAGGCUAAUCAUGUUUUUGGCAAUAUUCAUUCAAGAAUUAAGUUGCAGACAAAUUGUUUUCAUACUUAAUAGCAUUUCUAGUGGAAACUUUUUCCACAGCCCAGUUUGCGACACACAAAUUGCAACUUCUUGCCUAAUUUGGAGAAUCGUUGUUCUGAAACAGCUUCCUGAAUGGGCUGAACUGCUAUAUUUGGGGAGACAAGAUUUUUAGUUACUCAAUAAUAAUUUGUUAAAUAUGCAUAUGAUCUUUAACAGUGAAGAAAGGAAUAAAUAGAGGACUUAAAGCAGUUCAUGAAAAUGGACCUUUUAACGAUUCUUAUAAAAGUUGCACAGAUCUGAUUGUUAUUUUGUCUUGUUUUUAGGUGGAGAUACCACAACGAAGUCCUCUUGCAGAACAUCAGGAUGGAAUGGAGGGUGGUCUUCAUGACAUGAGAUGACUUUUACAAAAGACUUUUUAGAGUAUGACACAACAGUGUCCAACUGUAUAUAGCGGCUGAUUAGUUUUCUUUAUGGUUUUUACUUUGUCCUUUUUGCCAUCUGUGUUAUGACACACUGUGGAUUUGUGUUUAUACAAAUUUUAUUUGUAUAAUUUCAUGUUAAGUGAUUCUUGAAUAAAUGCUUACUUAUGUGA